AUCAGGGUACAGCAUGUGAUCUCGCGGCGCUGAGUUUGAAUGAGUCGCGUGCUACUUCCUGUUCUGCAGAUAGCAGAGAGCACCACGGAGGGUCCGUCACCUACAGAGCGGGGGGGACUGGAGAGCUGCUAGUGCCGAAGGAACACAGAAUGUGAAGACUCUCAGAAUUUUUUUGGGGAAACAGUCUUCCUCUGGAUAAUGAAAUGUCUCUUCUUCUGGAGGUUAUUAGACAGCUUUUAGAGUACCUGGGCAUUCCACCUGACAGGCUUGCGCCAAUAUGGGAAAGGUAUAUCGGCAGACGUAGUAUUCUUCGCGCUCUAGCAAAUCACCUUCCACCAGUGUUCUUUCAAGGAAUCGAUAUACAGGAUCUACAAUUACUCGAACGCAAAGACUAUGGCUGGACUCGCAGUGUGGUUCGAAUCAUUGGAACUUUACUGCCAUUGGAACCUUGCCCUAGACCACAUUUCCAGCGUAUUUUAGGCUCCAAAGUACUGCAACCUAGAGACAACGAAAUGGUCUGCAGGCCUGAUAUCCCAUCUCUAGCUGAUGCCCCAUUUCUGGUGGAUGAUGAUGUUGCAUCAUACCCAAGAUUAAGACAUCUUUCAUCAAAUAUGUCGGUGGGAGAAUAUACCAUGGCAAGACCCAGUGAAGAGAACCCAGGAAUGACAAUGAUUAUUCAGAGCAGCCAUGCUUUAGAAAAUGUUUCUUUAACAUCAAGUGAACAUGCAAUUCAGAAGAUAGCAGCGUUGGAAGAUGAACUGAUGCAGCUAAGAGCACAGAUUGCUGUUAUUGUCGCCAUGCAAGAAACAAGAAGCACACCUUCUUGUUCUGAAGCCUUGUCAUUUGGUAGCCCUUGUCAUGCUCUUCUGCCUCCAUCUUUAACCUCAACACCUAUUAAUGCUCAGAUCCUGCUGUCUACACCUGCUCCACCCCCUCCUCCUCCGCCCCCACCGCCGCCUAUCCAACCUGCCAAGAUUAACUCAGCAAAGUCCGCAAUUGAUCUCAUCAAAGAACGUAAGGCAGCUCACAGGCAAAGUCCAAAAGAGGUAGAUGCAGCAGAAAAAGAUACUUUGCAAGUGAUGCCCAGUAUGAUGGAUGUUUUGAAGGGCAUGAAUUCGAUUAGACUUCGUGCUGUUGAAAGGUCCCCAGGGGGUACACCGUUAACAAAAAAAGAUAAGAAGAGGCGUUCUCUUAAUGACCCUGCAGCUAUUAUAGCUCAUGCACUGAAGCAAAAGUUUGCACAUAGACAUAAAAAUGACUCCUUUGACAAGGAGAAUAUAUCUCACGAGGAGUCCCCGUUCUCCAGUCCAGAGACACCAAUGUUUGGACGCCAUCUACUGAAGCCAAAUGGGCAGAGAGCUAUGAAAGAAAUUCCAAGAAAACCGGCAUUCAAUUAAUCUGCUCCCCAUGUUCAAUAAAUUGCACUGAACUAAUUUAACUGGAAAAAAAAAAUUGAAACCCGUCGACAUCUUAACAAGCUCUGAUGUACGACUAUGGAUUUUUUUCCCAUUUGGACAUGUUUCAAAAGACUGCUUUACUGUAAGACUUUGUCAGGUUUGUUGGUUUUAUGUACUGUGAGGUUAUGUGACUUUUGGUCUACAAAAUGUCAGAAUUUUAAGUUUUUAUUGGAAAAAAAACAACUGUCGGGAAACCUUCCCAGUACCACGUCUCACCAUCAUAUCAUGCUCUCAUUAUGUCACCGGAUUAUACUAACUGUUUUGUUUUACUUGGGCCCCAAAUAUAACUGGUAUGUUUACACUCCACACUUCACAUAUUAUCUGCUUUGCAUAGGUGUUUGCCACCUUCUGCAUAUGUGACAAUGGUGGUUGUGGCUGGUAAUGUUGGCAUGGGAAGUGUUUCGCUUGAUACAGUGCUGUAAAUAUCAUUCGGACAUUGCAAAAGAAAUCUUCCUUUGGGUUUUAUGGUAUUUUAAUGUAAAGGCUAGAUGUUUGUACACUGUACCUGGUAAUGUAUGUAUUGUUUUUAAGUGGAUCUAUAUGUUGUCCAUAGAAGGCAAAAUAACAGUAUUUCUUAGUAGGCACAGUUUAUAUAACUUUCCAGUGCUUCCAUAGGAGCCCAGAAUAAAAGACCUACUAUGCUUCUUUAAUGUGAGGGCUGCGGGGAAAUGUGAUUGGAUCCAUUUUCAAAGUCCAGGGAAUUUUUGAAAGAGGGUGAUGGGUCUGGCAAUUGAAGGCUACUUAUUCAGCCUGCUGUAAAAUGAAUCUCUUAUUUUUCCUAGAGGUUUACUGUCAGUUUAAUGUCCCUUUCCACCUAUCCCUUUGUGCCACACUUGUUCGUUCAUUGUGCUUAGCUCUGUAAGAGUUUAAAAUCUUCUAGUCUUAUGCACCCAUAAACCAGGGAGUUUUGUGCACUUAAAUCCUAUCUUUUAGUUCUUGGGAGUUUGGUGUGCUUCUACUUCAAUUAAUUAUCCUACAGUUCAAAGCAGAAGCAGAAGCGUGCACUUGCAGGAAAAUAGACUGUUUGUUUAUGCUGUGUCAGCAUCACACUCUGUACAGGUGGUUCUUCUACACUACUUCUCAAGCUUUAAGAACAGAUUAAGAGUUUUUGAAAAGAGUGCUAUUUACUUGCAAAAAAGCAUCCUUUUUGCCAUGCAAAGCAAAGAAUAAUGGGGGAGAUAGAAGAAAGUGGGACCCAUGAAUGUGAAGAAAGUGACCGUUCCAUGGGGCAUGCGGAAGAGGAUUCAAAGUGACACUAAACUCUAGUUUAUAUAGCAACACAUCUAUUCAAAUGUGUAUGCUUAAUUUAAAGGGGUUGUAAAGGUACAAUUUUUUUUUCCCCUAAAAUAGCUUCCACAAAGUAAUGCGAGGCUUUCUCCCUGGUGAGUGUCGUGCUCCCCUCCUCCCUUUGGACAACAGAAGAGUCAGGACG